GUUCAAAAACACCAAGCAGGUGAUGAUGCCCAGGGACUCGAGGGGACCAUUUGGAUUCACCCGUUUGAAUUGGCCUCCGACCUGAGUCAAACGGGGAUGGGGUGAUGGAAUCCAUCGUUUGAAUGCGCUUCAAAUUGCAAGAGAGGGCUUUCGGGCACUACCCUACCUCACAACCAUCCAACAUGGUCGCCCGUGUCUGCAAGCUCCUUAUCAAGGAUCCCGACCAUCCCAACAAAGUCUACCAUCAGUGGGCGACAACGAUUUCGCCUGGAACUAAGCCUGAAACGUUCAGGGGGGAUCUUCUCCCCGAGACGGACUCCACCGUCAAUUACAAGCUCUCCGUGGACCCCGAGGACCCCGAGGACCCCUUGGAAUAUUAUUCGCCGGAGCAGGUUCUGGCGUUUGCUCUCGAGUACCUGGCCAGCGGCUCUGACGGGCCCGCCUGCCCCCUUCCCUGCGCCUCGUGGGAUGCGGAGAAGCAGAGGCUGACCCUCACCAUUGUGCGCGAGUCCAAGCAGGACCCCAUCAAGAAGCCCAAGAAGAGCAACGCGAAAGAGCCCAUCACUCGCGUGCGAACGCCGGACUCCGCGCUGUUCAUGGAGGCCGUCCGUCGCUUCUACCCCUUCGCCAAGCGCGGCCCUGGCGAAGGCCCCCGCCUGCUCAACACCAGACUGGCCGCCAAUGGCGAGUUGAAGAAGUAUUGGCAAGACAAGAUGGCCGCGGCCUACGCCUGGAGCCUGAAGCGGGGCAUCACGUUGUCGCGCGAAGACUUCCAGGCCGACUGGACAAAGAAGGCAACCGACUUCAACGCCAAGCGCACCACUUACGAGAAGACGACCGCAGCCGCCCGCGCUGUCAAGGACAAGAACCAGCCCAAGAAUGAGCGUGGCUGGUACAAGAACGCAUGGCGCAGCCAGUGGGGCAAGAUGUGGGACGGCUACAAGCGCGACCCUGUGCGCUUCACGGCUGGCGAGAAGCAGACGCUGACGGAAGAGGAGGUCGGUCUUUGCAAGGAGCUUGAGUCUUUGCUGCCAAGCCGGGCUUCCGCGAGCGUCAAGGACGCCAAGGUGUCCUACGGUGCCAUCGACGGACCGCUGGCCAAGGCCUUGAGCGGCCUCUCUUCAAAGACCAAGCGCUCCUCUCUGGGGUCCACAGGCGCCGUCGACGUCGCCGCCGCGCCUCAGCCCAGCCCGCCCAUGCCCCCGCCCAUGCCCCAGUCCGCCCCAGGCGCCAUCGACAAGCUGGCCGCGGCGGGUGCCGAGCGCAUGAAGGCGAUGGGCGACAAGAAGCGGACGGAUGCGCAGAAGCGCAAGGAUGAGAGGACGGCCGAGGCGCCAGCUAAGAAGCACAAGGGCGAUGAGGCGGUAGCCCCCGCUGCCAACGCCAAGACCAAUGCCAAGACUGCCGCUGAGGGCAAGGCUGCCAAGGUUCCGGCCGCGAAGGCUGGCAAGGCCGCCAGGGGCAACGCCGCCAGGGGCAACGCCGCCAGGGGCAAGUAGACUGCCAAUGCUGGUGCUACAUGGAUUGUACAAUGUUCGGACUAGGCCUAGUACGGCUUAUUCUGGACUUAGCUACCGAGCAUUAGGAUGUUUGGACCCUGUGUAGACCACCUAGCGGUAGUAUGUUCGGACCCUGUGUAGACAUCCACUCCAGCAUGAAGGAGUGGCAUUUGAGGACUGCUGUGCUGCAUGCUGUGUAGACCACCUAGCGGUAGUAUGUUUGGACCCUGUGUAGACAUCCACUCCAGCAUGAGCAACUGCUGUGCUGCAUGUGCAUGACAUUGAGACUGUGAUGGGCGACAGAGCGCCUUCGACUGUGAUGCACUUGCUGUCAGAUCGUAGUUGCGUGGAAAGCGAGUGAGAUGGUCGGUUCAGGUAAUCCUGAAACAUGUGUGCAGCCAGGGUCCGCCGCGUCUCGUGCAUCGCGUGUGUGUGAGACGCGGCGCGUCCAGGGUAUCAGGCUAGCGUCUGGUGUGACGCAUCGCGUUAGCUAAGACGCGCUCUCCAUGCAAUUGUACCGCGUCACGACUCGCGUUCCAUUGCGUCUCGCAGACGCAGUGAAACGCGCUAUCUGUAAUGGUGCCCCGCU